AUGCAGGACAAGGCUGGGCAGUUCAUCUGCUGGCUAGACUUGGUCAGGCUCAACUCGCCGGCGGCAGGCUCCAACCGGGACCGCGGGCUGGUUCUCAAGGGCAUGCCCGGGCCCAAGGUCGUCGUGCAGUGCCUCGAUGGCACCGAGGUGACGGUGAAUGCUCGCAACGUCCGUGUCGCGGACCGGAGCUACUUCUGCCCGGGCAUGGUCGUCGCGUCGGCGUCAGACCGUGGCGGCCAGCUCGGGGUCGUCACGGGCGCCGCCGUGGAAUUGGAUCUGGUCCGGCUAGACGGUGAGGACGCGGCGGCGACGUUGGUCGCGAGGGGCGUGUCCCCAGCGGAGCUGCGCCGCGUCAGUGAGUUCUGCCUAGGCGACUACGUCGUGUCAGGACCGUGGCUGGGCCGGGUCUUCGAGGUGUCCCUCGACGUCGACGUGCUCUUCGACGACGGCACCGUCUGCAGGGUCACAACAGCGGACGGCAAGCUGUGGCCCGUCGGCGAGGGCUCUUCAAAACGCUACACCAACGUCUUCUAUCCGGGGCAGCGCGUCGGCGGCCGCUCGUCCGUCUUCAAGGCCGCCCGGUGGCUCAAGGGCUACUGGAAGCCCAGCGAUGGCGAGGGCACCGUGUCCAAGGUGGAAACCGCCAGCGUGCUCGUCUACUGGGUCGCGUCGUCGCAGCUGGGCGCCGAGAGGUCCGUCGUCCAGGCGUCGUCCACGCCGGCGCACCAGCAGAGCCCUCGCGAUCUGACAUUCUUCCGCGCUGGCGACGACGUCUUGGCAAGGUUCUGGGGCGUGGGCGACCGCUGCUUCUUCCGCGCUCCUUGCCGCCGCCGCGUACUCCCUGCCGGCGAUGUCGGUGCCAACCGGAAUCGGCUGCGGCGGCUGGGGGCGAAGCGGACGCCGCGACGAGAAAGCUGGAGCCACGCAGGGUUCGAGCGGCCGUUGUCCGUCGCCAGCACGCGCACGACGCUCGACGUGCUGUGGCAGGACGGGACGCGGCAGUGCCAGGCGCCGUCGGUGUCGCUCGUUCCCACGAUGCCACAGAACACCCACCACUUGUUCCCGGGCCAGCGCGUCGUUAGCAGGACAUCGUCGGACGGCGACGGCGACGUCGCGCGUUCUGGUGUCGUCAGAAGCCUCAACUUCACGGACCAGACCGUGCGCGUGUCGUGGCAAAAGGCGGCGGCUGAACACGCCGAUGACGAGACACUGAGCAGCACGUACGAUCUCGGCAGGGAUUUCGACAGCAAUGUCUUCUAUGGAGAUGUUGUCGUCGACGGCGUCACAGACUCCUCAAUUGGGGUCGCCGGCGACAUUUGUGGAAGCACGGAAGAGCCAGUGCUGACACGGUGCCGAAAGAAGGAGCCCACUAGAGCUCAUGAUCUUUCAUGGGUCGGACACAUAGUUGAUUUUUGUGAUGCACACCAUGUCCAAGUCAAGUGGGGUGACGGCAACAUGUCCAAGGUGUCUUUCCAUGAGAUAACUGUCGUCAAAGAGCAAAGUUUUGGUGAGUUCCUUCAGGAAAUAGGCGAGUGGGUGUCUGAAGAUGGAGGCAUGAGCAACGACGCUAUUGAUCACGAAGCACAAGUGACUGCCGCUGCCGUUGUAAGUAUCCCUCCGCACACAAAUUUCAAUUCCCCAAGAGAUCGGGUAAAUGGUUGGACGGUGCCGGGAGCGUCAACCUCGGAGCUUACGGCCAGAGGGAACAACAAUGUAUCCGCACCCGUGUCCGGUGGUGAUGGUGAUGCCAUGGAGACCUCCACUGCUGUGGCAGGCAUCAAUGGAGAAGGUGGUGGUGAGGGGAAGCAGGCAGAGGCAGAUGCCACCCGCGAUGACAAGUCAUUUAGCUUCCCACAAUUUGAUAUCGUGCAGAGCCCUUCAGAUCACCAUUACCUUGAUAACAUGGAGCAUGGCACUGGUGGGGGGAAGAAGUGGAUGAAGAGGGUGCAAAAGGAAUGGAAUAUUCUUGAGAAUAACUUGCCAGACACCAUCUUCAUGCGGGCGUACGAGGACCGCAUGGACCUCCUGCGAGCGGUGAUGGUCGGAGCUAGCGGGACGCCGUACCAUGGCCGCAUGGACCUCCUGCGCCGGCCGCCGGCGGGCUUCGAGGAGUUCGUCAGGGACCACUUCCACCGGCGAGGGCAGCACGUGCUCCGAGCGUGCGAGGCAUACCUAGAUGGCUGCCUCGUGGGCACGCUCGAUGGCGAGGGGAGCGGGGCGCGGCGCCCGUGCUCGGCGGGGUUCAGGCUCGCCCUCGCCAACGUGGUGCCCCGGCUUGUUGAGGCGUUCACCGCGAUCGACGCUGAUGGAUGCAAGGAGUUCGAUCGGAUACGGGUGCCAACAGUAUGCACUUAAUUUGUCUCUGCUACUCGCUAGUCCAUUUGUAUCCUACUUACAUUUUAAGUUACAAAACGCGUGUUCACACAUUUGAACUUUGACAUCAAUAUUAUAUUUUUGUAUACUGUUGGGAAUGGUACAGCAGUUUUGCUA